AUUGGCUGCUCAGUUUUACUCAACUUCACAGAAUCAUGUGUCAUCGAAGUUGAUUUACAGGUGAGCGCGUAACGUGUAUAUUUACGUUACCGCAAUGUUAAAACUACUUGGUUGGUACAUUUGACAUGUAAUGUCAAAGUGGAUGUAGAUGUCAUCUCAAAAAGGUAUGCUAGAAAGACGCAGAGAUCGUUCACUUCACAUUAGUCGCUUACAAUUGAAACGAUGGUCAUCUUACCUUGCUACUGCGUUUGCGCUCCUCUCAUUCAUUUUCAUUUCUGGUGGAAUUUGGCUGCUUGAAAACAAUCGAGUCGAAUCUGAAAUUAUCGGCAAACGAUAUUACUAUGAAGAAGGAAUUCUGUUUGUGAUCAUAGGGAUAUUAUUGCUUUUUUCGCUUAUUUGUCAAGCUUUUAUGAUUCAUCUAUUGUUUGUUGCAAAAAAACCCUGGAGAUUUACUGAAGUUAAGGUAAAAAGAGCAGUCGCACUGUAUUUAUUUUUUCUGUUUGCAGUGACAAUCCCUCAUAUUUAUUGUUUGUAUCAUGUGAAAACAAUUAGAACAAAAUUGAUAUGGUCAAUUAAAGAACAAACUGAAGAGGCUUUGAUUAGCUUGUACGGGUUUGAACCUGAUUUCACAUCUGCAUGGGAUCAUUUACAGUCUCAGAGUGAAUGUUGUGGAUUUUCGGGUCCUCAAAUCUAUGCCUCUUCAAAAUGGAAAUAUAGUCAACCUAAUUCCUCAGCUUUUGUUAACUUAGUACCUGAUUCUUGUCUUACACUUAAAAGUUUGGAAGAACAAGUACUUGAAGAUAUAAAAACAAAAUCUGAUUAUGAUGAACCUAGACAAGUGACUUUUCAGAAAGGAUGCGCAGAAUUUCUUUACUCUCAUAUUGAAGCUGUUUUAAGCAGUUCAUUUAUUGUACCAGUUGUUUCUCUUGUGAUUGUAUCCUUCUCAUUUGUCCUUGGGAUCAUUCUGUGUAAUUUCGUAGUGAUUGGAGAAGAAAUUUAAACCAAUCAAUACACAGUAACAAUGCCUCUCAACAUCAAUUCACUUGAUAAUCAGGCUGCUUUUUGAUCUGGUCCAAUACGAUCUGAAAAAAGAAAUCUCCAGAUUUUCUUUACAUUUUUUUUUAAUUGCCAAAUUAUCAUUUCACAGUUAUGUCGCUGUUGCGUUUUUUUUCUUAACUUCAUUUUUUUUAGUAAAAAAAAAAUCGUUUAUUUUCUACUAAUUUUGCUACUAAUAUUGCUACUGCUGCUACUGCUACUACUACUACUACUAAUGUCAUCAUUUUAAUUUUUGCUUAGAAAAUUUAUUUUUCAAUGAAUUACUCUUGUUUUUUUUCCCCGUAUUGAUUUUCUCGUUGAUUAGAAUCGUGAUAAAAAAUGUGUCUGAUUAAGUAUGAUUUUAUGAUUACUAUUACUAUUUAUUAAUAACCAUGUAGUUCAUGUUAUUUUUAUUAUUACUCUACAUAUUCUAUUUGUAUAUUUCAUUUGGUUUAUACAAUAUACAGAAUGUAUUAGCUUUGUACGGUGAAAAAAAUCAAUUCAUGAUUAUGAUAAUGAUAUCAUGUCAUUGUUUGUUUUCUAAAAGGAAAACUUAGUGUAAAUUAUUUUGUGUUCAUUUUAAUGUAUAUUUAGCUUUGCAUUCAUUCUUUUAUAUGAAAGGCUGGUCAUGUCAUGAUUUUAU